AUGGCGUGGCCUUGCAUCAGCCGUGUGUGCUGCCUGGCGCGCCGCUGGAACCAGCUGGACCGCUCGGAUGUGGCGGUGCCGCUGACCGUGCACAGCUAUUCGGACAUCGAGGACCCCCCGCCGCCGCCGGGCCCCCCCCCGGCGGGGCCCCCCGGCUCCCCGGGCCCGCCGCUCACCCAGUACCAGCGGGACUUCGGCGCCCCGCGCCGGGACCCUCAGCCCUGGCCGCGGCCCGGCCCCGGCCCCGGGGGGGGCCGCCGAGACCGAGACAGGGAGCCCUCGGCGACCCCCGGCAUCUAUGUGCUUCCAGGGGGCAAUGGGCUUGAGGCCAGCGACGGGGACCCCCGCUUCCUGAGGCUCCGUGCCCCCGCCGACGCCGCCCCCCUGCCGGUCACCACGUCCUACAGACAGGAGUACCGGCCCUGGCCUGGCACCAAGCCUUCAAGACCUGUAAAGACCAAACCAACCUCUAUCAUCGUCACUGACUACACUGUGAGGGAGAGCAGCUACCGGGCUGACUUCAAGGUCCCAGAAGGAAGGAGAAAGUUCUCGCCUAACCCGUCUGCUGUCUUUCAGGCCUCACCUGCUCCUAUACUGCAUGUGUGACUGUCCACACCUGCCCACUCUGGUGGCAGGAGGGCCAAGGUGGCAAAGAGGGUAUGUGUGCUAAAGGCAGCUGCGAUGUAGCCCACGGGGGUCAGCAAGGGCUCACCCCCUUAGCUUCUGGCCCGUGGAGGUGCCAGUGAUCAGAAAGCAGCCGCAGCACACUUGUCUAUGCCAACGCAUGCUUACACUGUUGGGAAUAUCCCUGGCCUUUCUGGGACCAGGCUUGUGUCUUGGUGGCCAAGGAUUUCUGUUCACAACUGACCAAACCUCCUUGUGGGCAGUGGCCCAAGAAUACCCUCAUGGAAUGCAGGAAAGGAAAUAUCCCCAGAGUGUUUGUCCUCCAAUUGACAAAGCAAGCCAUGAAGAACUCUGCUCCUCAAGUCUGCCCCACACUAGCUCUGCUGUUUUUCAAAGGCUCGAGGCACCAGGAAUUUCACCCUCACGUCAAAGCCAGGAACCAGCCUUCAUUUCUGAAAUCGGAAGGAAUGAGCGAGAAGGGGGUCGAUGCUGCUUUGGGCGGAUGUGUCCCAACAGCCUGAACUCGUGUAAGACUCCCCAGGAGCAAUUCCAUGGGAUUUUUACUUCCUCCGUUCCCAACAUCUCUACUAAUUUCUUAUGGAUUUUCCACAACAGUGACGUA